UACUAGGCGUUAUGUGAUCAUGUGAACAGUAGUCUCGGUGCGUGCGAGAUACGCGUGAGGGCGACUCGAGUGAGUCUUGGUGAGUGGUGAGUGGUGAGCGAAACCCGAACGCUCCCCGCCGCCGCCGAUAUCCCCGAUGGCCGCCGCCGAUCCCUCCGAUCGCCACCACCAGGUCCAGGGCCCCGCGCGCAACCGCCGCCGCCCUUGGGUCACCCUGGCGAUCCUCGCCGUCAACCUCGCGCUCUGCGUCCGCCGCGUCGGCGGGGAAGACCGCGGCGCGCUCGCCUUCGUCGGCUUCUCCCACCUCAACCUGCUCCUCCUCUUCAGCGCCAUCCGCCGCUUCGAGGCCUCCCCCGACGGGUCCCCGGCGCGCGGCCGUGCCAGGCUCGCCGUGUGGCUGCUCACAGCGACGCUCACAGCGGCCUUCACUUGGCGGAUCGGCGAGAUGAUGCCCCUGGGAUUCGCCAUCGCGGCGUGGGUCAUGGCGGCCGCCACCGUCCUCGGCGGAUUCUACAUGCUGUUCCUCCGUGGCGACAAGUGAGUGAUCGAGAUCUAUGCGUGAGUGAAUCAGCGAUGCGCGCGCCCAGGCGCCCGGUGGAUUGGAUGGUCGAUCGCCUCACUAUGUCUACGUUACAGGCUUUAGCUAUGUGAAUGUACAAAUAAAAGUACUCUAUGGAUCAUCCGACCUAUGAGCGAGGAGGAUUUGCAGGUACCUCCCGUAGUCCCGUCCCGUCUGAUUCCUAGCCUCUGCGUUCUGUUGAAUUCGCCUGAUGAAGCAAAAUCUCUCCGUCGCUUUCACCCUUGCACGAUUUUAUCAGACAGUAUAGGUAAGUUGAGAUGUGCGAGCUCCACUUGAACAGAUGCAAAGCGGCAGAGACAGGGAAUUGGUGGCCAGUCGACUUAAACCGGAGCCCUUGACCUUGAUGUACCGCCGUUCAAGUGAUUGCAGGUCGCAGCACGCCGGCAGUAGUGAAGUUUGUUUGCAGGAGCCAGGAGGUACAGGCGGGGACAUCUUGAUCUUGCUACCGCCCUUGCUCUUUCAGAUCCGUCACAACUCGCAAGUCUCCAUGUCCUUCCUGGUACUUCAGGAAUCGAACAGCUAGGAAACUGUUGUAGCACCAACGCUUCGCUAGCUGAUUCUGGCUGCCUACAAGUCUUUGGCAUGGCGCCGCAAUAUAUUUCUCCAUUUCGUGA